UUUUCCGAGGGAUUGCAGAAUAUACGGUAUGUCGCUGAUCGUCAGCUGUUUUUUUCGCUACGUAGGGCACGUGAACAAACGAUAGACAAUGGACGGAACUGAGGUCAAUGUCGCAGCCAGUUUGAAUCUAUACGUUCUCUGAUGCAGGUUCAAUGGAAAAGAAUGGAACGGUUUUCGGCAACUCAUCGUGAAUUGAAUUGAGUUUCAGUGUGCAUAGCGACCGAACAUCAAAGUUGGCAUUGACAAGAAACAACAUCGGGUUGCUGGGCUAUUUUGAUCACCGUAGCUCACUCACGAGACAACAAUCGUGACCUACUGCGCCAAUAAUAAUGAGUGCGAAUUCAUCUGCGUAUGAACGGUGGAAUCGCGAAUGCGACGAUGAUGGGGCGAAGAUACAGACAAUACAGAAAACCGGUUCGGUCUGCUACACUGCUUACUAGUGCUGUGUGGCCUAUCGUCGUCGUGAGCGAGUGUGCAUCGAUGGUUGAUUGACUCCGGUUUACCGAGCUUAGGCCCUUCUUCCACACCCACUUUUCGCGAGCAAACAUCGCGCUAACCGGCUGCGGGUGCUAAUGUGAGAUAAUCGGCCGAGUUUCGCUUUCGAUAGAUAAGGUUGCGCUUGAAGUGCGUGCACGUGUGGUGUUGUUCAUUUAACCCUGCCCCACUAUGAACCGCGACAAAGACUUCAGUAAGAACAAAACCGAAAACCCCAUUCAGAAUGCGUCAUUCAUCUCGCGACGUACAUUCUGGUGGUUGAAGGACAUCUUCCGGGCUGGUCACCGGAAAGAAAUUACCGAGGAAAUGCUGUACGAGACACUUCCCGAGCACCGGAGCCAACCGUUGGCCGAUCAGUUCGAGCGGUUAUGGGCCCAGGAACUGCAGAGGCCGCAGCCAAGGUUGCUGCGUGCGUUCAUGCGUGGAUAUGGAGCCGUUACGCUGUUUUGGGGCUUGCUGUUCUCAAUACUGGAAACGGCUAACCGGGUGGCGCAGCCGCUGUUCCUCGGAGGACUUGUUUCGUACUUUUCUCCGGACCAGACCGAAAUCAGUGAACGCGAGGCGUACGGCUACGCGGCCGGCGUUAUCAUCUGUGCGCUGAUACCGGUUAUCACAUUCCAUCCAUUCAUAUUGUUCAUCUUCCAAAUAGGAAUGAAGCUACGUAUUGGCUGCUCCUGCCUUAUCUACAACAAGUCGCUCAAACUCACCAAGUCAACGACCGCUGGCGAGGGACUCAACGGGAAGAUCCUAAAUCUUCUCACCAAUGACGUCGGCAAGUUCGACAUUGCUCUCGCGUUCAUCCAUGACCUGUGGAAGGGUCCUAUGGAGUCGCUACUGCUCGGGUACUUCAUCUACAUAGAACUUGGUUUCGCGGGACUGCUAGGCAUGGCCUUCCUGCUCAGUUUCAUCCCUCUCCAGGCAUGGAUCGGCAAGAAGACGGCCACCUAUCGCAUGAGGGCGGCCAAGCGAACGGAUCUCCGGGUUCGCUUCAUGAACGAGAUCAUCCAAGGUAUUCAGGUGAUCAAGAUGUACACCUGGGAGAACUCGUUCGCCAAGAUGGUGGAGGAAGUUCGCCGCAAGGAGGUCAACGCUAUCCGAGGUGGUGCUUACGUGAGAGCCACGCUCAUCUCAUUCUUCGUGGUGUCGCGAGUUUCGAUCUUCCUUAGCCUGUUGGCGUACACCUACACAGGGAAUGUGAUCACUGCCCGCAAAGUGUUCAUCGUGACCAGUUACUACAGUAUUCUAAACGACUCGAUGGUGCAUUUUUGGCCGAUGGCCAUUACGUUCUGCUCGGAGGCGUUCAUUUCCGUGCUGCGAAUUCAGGAGUUCCUGCUAACUCCGGAAGGGAAGCCCAAGACUCCGCAGGGAGCCGACGAGGAGAGAAAUCAAGAAGGCAAAGGAAGUGUCUUGAUCGAUGAUGAAGAGAAGAAGAAAGUGGAGGACAAUGGGCUGGUGCCAAAUGGAGGAGUGAAUGAGGAGGAAGUGGAGAAGCUGCUGCCGUCGAAGCGUGUAGUGAAUUUAGACAGUGAUAAGAAGAGCAUUGUGAUGGAAGAUGUGACAGCACGAUGGGCUGUCAGUGAGGAUGAAUCGAAUGUGGGAGUGACGUCAAUUAGCACAACGGUGGAAAGUGGAAGAUUGUGUGUCGUGAUAGGAGCCGUGGGUUCUGGAAAGACAUCGUUAUUGCAAGUGAUAUUGGGGGAGCUUGAAGUAGACGAAGGAACGGUGCAGAUCAACGGAUCGAUUAGCUAUGCAGCACAAGAACCAUGGCUGUUCGAGAGUAGUGUUAGGAACAACAUUCUCUUCAUUGAAGAGUACGACGAGGAACGGUACUUAGAAGUGGUUCGUAUUUGUGCCUUGGAACGAGACUUCCAGUUGUUCCCGCAUGGCGAUCAGACGAUUGUUGGCGAACGGGGAAUCAGCUUGAGUGGAGGACAGAAGGCCAGAGUUAAUUUGGCCCGGGCAAUCUACAAGAAGAGUGAUAUCUAUAUAUUGGAUGAUCCGCUUUCAGCGGUCGACACUCAUGUAGGGAAGCACAUCUAUGAGAUGUGCAUCAGGGAGUUUCUAGGAGAUAAGGUGUGUAUCCUGGUGACACACCAGUUGCAGUAUCUGAACGAUGUUCAGCACAUAAUUUUGAUGGAAGGAGGCCAAAUUGAUGCUCAAGGACCAUACAGGGAAAUCAAGAAAACUAUGAUGGAUUCGAUAAUGGCGUUAACUCCUGAAGAAACGCCAGAUGAAGAUAAAUUCGACUUCCAGAAGUUCACAGCUCAUACUGAGCCGACAAACUUGGAUCAGGAGAAGCAGGUUGAAGAAAAAGAAUCUCAAGGCGAAGGUGCCGUCGAUAUGUCGGUGUACAAAACCUACAUCACCGCGAUCAACAGCUGGAUUUGGAUACUCUUCAUCUCUGUAUUCAUCCUGUUGGCACAGGUUGCCAUCAGUAGCGUAGACUACUUCGUAGCUCAAUGGGUCAACUGGGAAGAAUCUCUUGGACACGUCAACAAAAGCGUAGUCCACCUCAAAGAGAACCAAACCAUCGAGGAUCUUCUAGACAUCAACGUUCUGCACCAACUGCAAGCGGAGGCGAACAAUGAACCGGAACGGCAGCAGUACAUACUGAUCUACGCGAUCCUGAUCGCGAUCUUCAUCUACCUGAUCGUCCAGCGUACGUUCUCGUUCUUCUACGUAUGCCUGCGAAUCUCGAUGAAUCUCCACGAUCGAAUGUUCCGCGGACUGACCCGAGCCACGAUGCACUUCUUUAACAACAACCCUUCCGGACGGAUUCUGAACCGGUUCUCCAAGGACAUCGGAGCGAUCGAUACGUCGCUGCCGAUGUCGCUGCAUGACUGCUUGGUGUUCUUCCUGGAGAUGAUCUCCGUGGUGGCGCUGGUUUCCAUCGUCAACUACUGGUUCCUGGUUCCGACCGUAGUGGUCGGGGCAAUCAUGUUCCUGCUACGCAAGGCUUACCUGGAUACCUCGCGUGUCGUUAAGCGAAUCGAAUCGGUAAAUCGGUCGCCGAUCUUCUCCCACUUGAAUGCCUCCCUGCAGGGUUUGUCUACGAUCCGGGCGUUCCGCGCACAGAGCAUCCUAUGCCGGGAGUUCAACAGCCACAUGGACGUCAAUACGUCCGCGUGGUUCAUCUACAUAACGACUACGCGAGCGUUCGCCCUAUGGCUGGAUUUCGUAUGCGUGAUCUACAUCGCAGUCGUCACACUGAGCUUCCUGGUGGCCGGCCAGAAUACGCUGGGUGGAAGCGUUGGACUGGCGAUCACUCAGACGAUCAGCUUGAUCGGGAUGUGUCAGUGGGGUAUGAGGCAGUCGGCGGAACUGGAGAACGAGAUGGUUUCCGUGGAGAGGGUCAACGAGUAUACGACCUUGCCGUCGGAGCCACCGCUGGAGACGGCUCCCAAGUAUCGUCCGCAGGGUGACUGGCCCGAACACGGAGUGGUAAAGUUCGUUAACGUGGAUCUGCGGUACUCGGAGGAUGGCGAAAAGGUGCUGAAGGACUUGAAUUUCUCGAUAAGGUCGAAUGAAAAGAUUGGAAUCGUGGGUCGAACGGGCGCCGGGAAGUCUUCGCUGAUCCAGGCGUUAUUCAGGCUUGCUCCGUACGAGGGCACGAUCGAUAUCGAUGACAUCGACACCAAGACACUGGGCCUGCGGGAUCUGCGAAGCAAGAUAUCGAUCAUCCCGCAGGAUCCGAUACUGUUCUCCGGAACACUGCGGAGCAAUCUGGAUCCGUUCGAGGAGAAGACCGACGCAGAGUUGUGGAGUGCGUUGGAUCAAGUAGAGCUGAAGGAGGCCGUAUCCUCACUGGCCGGAGGACUCGAGUGCAAGAUGUCCGACGGGGGCAGUAACUUUAGCAUGGGUCAACGACAGCUGGUUUGUCUAGCUCGGGCGAUUCUCCGGAGCAACAAGAUUUUGGUGCUGGAUGAGGCCACUGCCAACGUGGAUCCAGAAACCGACAAGCUCAUCCAAACAACAAUCCGCACAAAGUUCGCCGAGUGUACAGUAUUAACGAUCGCUCAUCGACUGCACACGGUCAUGGAUAGCGAUCGAGUGCUGGUGAUGGAUGCCGGCCGGGUCGUGGAAUUUGGCCAUCCACACGACCUUCUGCACGGCCCUAGCGGAUACCUGCGAAGGCUGGUGGACCAAACCGGAGUGGCAAAUGCAGCCUUAUUGAUUCGGAUAGCCGAUGAAAAUUACCGGAAACUCAAGCAACGAGAACAGGAACAGCAGAAGACUACUUAGAUGCUUGAGGGAGUUUUAAUACUUAUAAUUGGUUUUAAAGCAACUUUUAAAACCGCGGUAAAACCAGAGAUGCAUUCGCAGAGCGACUUAACCCUCGAAGGCGACAAACUUAGGAACAAAAAGUGCUUAAUAAGUGUUUUAACUAAAAAAAAACAAAAAAUCCAAAACGUGAGAUUAGGUAGGAAGCAAUAUUUCUACAACUAUUAGGCCGCGCGAAACAUACUUUUUUCUAUGCUAGUUUUGCACAAGUGCACAACACGCACCAUAUCAAUAAUGGCGGUAAGCAAUAAAAAUGGCGGCAAUUUUUUAACCAUCAACCCCCCUUA